ACAGAGUUGAAAAUUAUUAUGGGCUCUCCAAUUUGUAGGGUUGUAUAUAAUAGAUUCCCAGUUUGAAGAUGCAAUGGACUAGUGAAAAGUGUAAAAUAUUGUAUUUAUGUAUUACUACUAAUUACUAAUUAUUUUAAAAAUAUGCAUUAGGUAAAGAUUGACGAAAUAGAUUUUGAGGAUAUAGGAGAUAAAAUUGAUAGACCGGUGAAGGAAUUCUAGUUAUAUUCAAUCAACCAAAGAUUUAAUAGCAAAAGCAAAGAUUAGAUUUAGUUUUCUUGUUUCGCCGGCCGCUGCUCCUUGCUUUGCUCGUCGCAACACACACACACACAUAGCGAAGCUCUAAGAGUGUGAAGAUGGUGAGCAAAACAGAGGAAGAGCAGCUGAUUAGAUUGGAGAACCAAGUGGAGAACGGCGGUGGCGGCGCGUGGGAGUACCUCUGCCUCGUCAGGAAGCUCAAGCUCCGUCGCUCCGACAAAGUCUUCAAGUACGGCUCCACCAUCCUCAGCGACCCUAAGAAGCGAUCUGCACUUGGCCCAGAAGAGUGGACUUUAUAUGAGCAAGUUGCUAUUGCUGCAAUGGACUGCCAGCGUCUUGAUGUGGCUAAGGAGUACAUCAAGGUCUUGCAGGGAAAGUUUCGAGAGAGUAAACGAGUUGGAAGGCUGGAAGCAAUGUUGCUUGAAGCCAAAGGUCUAUGGGCAGAAGCUGAAAAGGCCUACUCCAGCCUUUUAGAAGAUAAUCAGUUUGAUCAGGUGAUACACAAAAGAAGGGUGGCAAUGGCUAAGGCACAAGGAAAUCUUUCAGGAGCAAUUGAGUGGCUGAACAAGUAUCUUGAUAUAUUCAUGGCAGAUCAUGAUGCAUGGAGAGAACUAGCAGAAAUUUACGUUUCUCUACAAAUGUAUAAGCAAGCUGCAUUCUGUUAUGAGGAGCUGCUCUUAUCUCACCCAACUAUUCCACUAUACCACCUCUCCUAUGCUGAUGUGCUCUACACACUUGGAGGAGUUGAAAAUCUUCAUGCGGCAAAGAAAUAUUAUGCAGCAACUAUAGAUUUGACUGGUGGCAAGAAUACCCGGGCUCUUUUUGGCAUAUGCCUGUGUGCUUCAGCUAUUGCACAGCUGACGAGGGGUCGUAACAAAGAUGAUAAAGACAACUCAGAACUACAGUCUCUCUCCGCAGCAGCGUUGGAGAAAGCCUAUACGCAGCAGUCCCCUACCAAAGUUUCAGUCCUAAGCUCUGCGCUGAAAAGCUUGAAAGUCUCAUCAUGAUCAACAACUCACUGAUGGUUGGUUGAUGAAAACCUUAUUGUUUGGCCUGCUGCUUACACUUCAGCAACGCAAUUUUACAUUGGAGCAAAUUUUAUUGAAUAUGAUUGUUUAAUAUACUAGAUGAUUAUAUCUGAUUCUGUGUAUUUUUAAGCUGAGAUCAAGUCUUGUUAGCUCACUGAACCCUCAAUAAGUUAACAUAUUUUAGUAUUUAAGCAAAGAUAAACUUUUUUCUUGCAA